AUGGGUUGGAGCCUAGUUUGCAGCUUCGCAGCAUCAUCGGCUAUCGCCCAGUCAUCAACCGGGACAACCUCGUCCACCAUUCACACCGAUGAGACGGACGGACAGAGGAUGUUGAUGUUCUGGAGGUACCGGAUGGAAGUGAAGGCAGAUGUCCACGGCUUUGUUUCCCGGACAAACCUCUCCGCAACAGAUAGCCUAAUUCGUCAUAGCGCCAUCAACCAGGGAGCUGCAUCAAACCGUCCCGGUAGACAGAGGGUCGGCAGAGACACUUUGGCAGCUGCACCACGAUGUUGUUCAGGUUAUGGCGCUCUGCUUUCUUCAACUCUUGAAGCCAUGCUGGGUGUCCUCAUCGUACUCCGCGAUAUCCUUCACCAACCGCUGGUACGCAUCACUCUUCCUGCAGACAGCGAUGAACUCAUCCGGGGUCCGGGUGACCAUGCCCUUGAUGUUGAUUUCCUCUGCAAUCUCUUUGACCAACCGCCUGUACGCGUAACUCUUCUGCCAGCCAGCGGCGAACUCAUCGGGAGUCCGGGGGACCAUCCCCUUCAUGUUGAUUUCCUCUCCAUGGAGAGGGUCAAGGAAUGCGGCAAGAGUAUUCUGGUUGGUCGAUCGGCAGACGCUACCACCGAGCAUCCAUUGUUGGCGUAG